AUGGAGAGACGACUUACCACGGACAUUCUCAAGCUGCCAAACCUGUCCGACCAAACCCAGACCAGUCCUAUCAUCCUCGAUUUGGCACAAAGAUGGCGCUCGUUUCGUCUUCACGCAUUGCAGACAGCGCCAGAAGCAUUCGCAGCUUCGUACGAGAUUGAGAGCCAGCAGGGGGUGGAGAAGACGAUCGAGCGCUUGAGUAGCUUGAAAGCUACGACUUUCGUAGCUGUGAACAGCCCAAACCCACACGGCGAUACUAGCCACAUCCCCAAACGACUCAACGUUCUCGAGGCUCCAUGGGUAGGCACGAUCGUUCUGCUUGGGCCCUUGACAGAUGCGAGCUCAAGCAGAAUUACGGCGACGAAGGAUCCUUUCGCAAGAGUCGCAGCAUCGGAUCAUGUCGCCAGUAUCGAGACUUCCACGAUUGAGGCGGAAGAGGAUAAUGAUAGAACUCUAGAGACUUUGCACUUUCAUCUGAAUGGCAUGUUCGUCGACACCCAAGCUCGAAGCCGAGGGCUAGGCCUGGCUCUCAUUCAAGCUGCUCUGACUGAAGCCCGGCAUCUGGGUGAGGCGAGUGACUCGAAAAGUUUCAAGGCCACCAUUCUUGUCGAUGAUUACAAUACGGCGGCCAGGAAGUUGUACGAGAAGGCUGGGUUUGUGGUGGUGGGUCGAGAAGUGUACGAGCAGCAGCCGCGAGCGCUUGUCGAGGGCGAGAGAGCGCGUACAGAACGUGCAGCACUACUCAUGGAGCAUGUGCGUAUCAUCGAGUCACCAGAUACUUGA